AUGGCCCUCGUCAACGUCGACACCGCCCUCAAGGUGCCCCCUCCAGACUCAUUUGAACAACCCCCCGAUGUUGUUGUUACACCCUGUGACCCCUGGCCGGCUCCUUAUUAUCUGGAGAAUGGAUUUCGUCGCGUGAAACCCUACCAUUAUACUUAUAAUACUCACUGCAAAGAGCGAUGGCGGGGUCGUACUCUGGAGGACAUUUUCACCUCCGAAUUCCGUGACCGAGCCCCAGAUUACUAUCGAUCCGCUCUGGAUAAAGGUCUCGUGGCCGUCAAUGGCAAGGCUGCAGGCCGGGACACAGUCAUCAAGAACGGUCAGGUCGUGUCACACACUUGCCAUCGCCACGAGCCCCCAGUGACUGCCCUUCCCAUUGGAAUCAUCCACGAAGAUGAUGACUUAAUAGUCAUUGACAAGCCUGCCGGAGUACCGGUGCAUUCUGCCGGUCGAUACCACUACAACUCCGUGGUUGAGAUCCUCCGCGCCGAGCGUGGGUCUGGAUGGCUCCCACGGCCAUGUAAUCGGCUGGACAGACUGACCUCCGGAAUCAUGUUCAUCGGAAAACACCCCAAGGGAGCGGAAAAGAUGGCGACUAAACUGGCAGAGCGAUCUGUGCGCAAGGAGUACCUGGCACGAGUCAAGGGCAAGUUCCCCGAUGGCGUCGUGGUUUGCGAUCAACCUAUCAUGCAAGUCAGCCCGAAGCUGGGUCUUAACCGUGUGCGUGCGACGGGUAAAACGGCGACCACCAAGUUCCGCCGUCUUGCUUAUUACCCUCCCCAAGCGGCGUUCGCUUCGGCGGAACGUCACGCUGCUACCGGCGCAACAACCCCGCCUCCCGCCCUAUCUAACGAGACUGAGGGAUAUAGCAUUGUUCACUGUUUUCCUUUGACCGGGCGGACUCACCAAAUCCGUGUUCACCUCCAGUUCCUGGGCCAUCCGAUCACGAACGACCCCAUCUACUCGAAUCGGCGCGUGUUCGGGCCGGAUCUCGGGCGCAAUGAGGUCACCGGAGACCGCGAUGAGGAAAUAAUGGAGCGUCUCCACCGUAUGGGCAAGACCGAAACAGCCGACACAGUGUCUUACCGUACUCACUUGACCGCCGCGCCGGAUGUCCCCCCGGGCACCGACCCUGCCAUCCUCGCCGAGAUCAUGUCUCGGGAACAGUUGGCCGCCGCGGAAGCCUACGAAAAGCGCAAAGGCGAGCGCCUCUCAGGUAAAAUGUGCGAUGUCUGUGGCACGGAGCUUUACACUGACCCCGGUGCCCAUGAACUGGGCCUCUUCCUCCACGCUGUCGCCUACGCGGACCGUGAUGGUGACUGGGCAUACCGCAGUCCGAUGCCAUCGUGGGGUUUGCCCCCGCUUGGUAUGGAUGGCCCCAGAGAAGUACCCGACUGGGAGCCUGUCCCCAAGAGCGAGGAGGUCGUCUUUGGUCAUGGCACUGUGCCCCCGGAGAUUGGUGUUGACGACGACGAACCCAAGGAUCCUCGCAAGACCACCAAAGUGACGAGCACUGUUCUCGUCACGGGUGUCGGUCUAGUCAAUUUUGCGGACCCCAAACAUGGCCUGGUUGGAGAAUCUUUGGAGGGAGCUACAUCUGACGCUACUGCUACGACAUCUCCUGGUGUCUGA